AUGGCAGCAAGUAUUGCUUCACAAAAGGAGCUUUGUCGAUAUUUUUUGAGUAAUGUGUGUCGCUUUGGCGAUCGUUGUAUGUUUUCACAUGAUAGAACUUUAGCAAAACCAAAUAAUAUUUGCCGAUAUUAUUUACAAGGAAAAUGUGUAUAUGGAGAUCAGUGCAGGUACGAUCAUAUUCGUCAAAAGCCAAAUACAUCUGCACAAUCAGCCACUUUGUCUCAAACACCUCAAACUUAUUAUUCUCCAGAGAAUGAUUCAGAUUCAAAAUUAGUAUCAUUAACACCUUCGAUAUCAAAAAUAAAUGAUAUAUGUCGUGGAACUGAUUCAAUAUCGUUAAAUGAUAAUAGUAAUUUUGAAAUUCAAGAACAGCAUCCUUUUUCUUCUCCUCAAACAGUAUAUUUAUCAUUACAAUCUUUGUGUCCAUAUUCUGAAAAAGAUGGUUAUUGUGAAGCAAACGAAAGCGGCGGUUAUUGUCCAUAUAUUCAUGGAGAUUUAUGUGAUUUAUGUCAAAUGCCAUGUAUGCAUCCAUACAAUGAAAAACAACGAGACGAACAUAGACUGGAGUGUAUGAAAAAACAUGAAACAGCAUGUGAAGAAGCAUUUGCUGUUCAGCGUAGCCAAGAUAAAGUAUGUGGAAUAUGUAUGGAAAUUGUUUGGGAUAAAGAAGAUGGUGAUAAACGUUUUGGAAUAUUAGAACAGUGUAAUCAUAUUUUCUGUUUGGAAUGUAUUCGGAAAUGGAGAUCAUCAUCGAAUUACGAACAUAAAGUUGUUAAAGCAUGUCCUGAAUGUCGAGUUAAAUCAGAUUUUGUUACACCAGCCAAAUAUUGGCAUGAAAGUGACGAUGAAAAACAGAAAAUUAUUGAAGAUUAUAAAGCACAUUUGAAGUCCAUGCAUUGUAAACAUUUUAAACGUGGUGAUGGACACUGUCCAUUUGGAUCAAAGUGUUUUUACUUACAUGCUGAUAGACAAGGCAAUACAAUCACAUUAGCACCACCCAGACGUCGCCGACGAUUAAAUGCUCGCGGUGAAUUAGAAAAUUUUAGCGAUGUAUUGAUGGUUAGUGUAUUUUCACAUGAAGAUUUUGGACGAAUAUUUGAUGAAUAUGACUUUUUAUUUGAUGAUGGAGAGGAUGAUGAUUCAGAUGAUAAUUUAUCAGAUGUAGAUCCAGAUAUUGAUGGACAAAAUACGGAUGUAAUAGCAAGAGAUUUUCCAUGGGUAGACGAUAAUUCUUUUACGGAUGAUGAUGAUGAAAACGGUCUGAUAAAUUUUUGGUAGAAAGAGAGAAAAAUACCUUUAUGUGUAGCUAUCUUUGUAUCUCGAUUUGAAUAUGUGUUAUUUUCUUUUGUUCCCUCUGGGUUAUUUUUUUGUUGUGUUUUUUUUCUUAUUUGUCAUAUAAAUAUCCCUUCAAUCAUUUAUAUCUUGUUUAUACUACGCCGCUCGUGCUUAAGAAUCAUUACAUAUCUUAAUCACAAACGAUUUUUUCAAACAUUUUAUGAUGAUAUAUCAUCAGAUAAGGUGAAACAAUGAGACGAAAGAACAUUAUUUCGCUCAUGCUUAUUCUCCUAGUAUAACCGACAAUCGUUGAAAACUGAUGAAAUGCUUGAUCAAGUGUGUAGUAUUGUCGUUGUCUAGAAGAAUUUAAGGUACAAGUAGGUAUCACUGCAACUGAGACAGAGAGCCUAGCAUCGAAUCGACAACAUAGAAAAAUAGAAACAAAUAAGUCAUUUAUCCCGAUGCAGGCUGCAGUGCGAAUUCAAGAGUGUUAUAUACAUUUUUAGUAAUAGUAUCUGCUAUCAUAGGACAAGGUUGGUAACCAGCCGAAUGUUGACGUAAUACACGCUUUUGUAAUGGAAACAGUUACUCAGUUCCGCAUUAUCAAUAACAAAAACUUGCGGUGAUGGUGGUGAAGAUGAGCAUUUCAACACAUCUCAACGAAAAAUUCAUGUUUUGUAAGAUGCCGGAAAUGCAAAAGCGGAGUAGAAAUUUGACUUGGCCUAAUCAUACAUGGUUGGAUAGAUCUCGAGAAGAUUCCGAAUAUGUUCUUUUUAUACAUCUUUAACAAAGUUUUGGGUAAGAAAUCUUCAAAAACCAAGUUACCCCUCAAAAAAUGAAAGUUUGACCUGUUUUGAGAAAAUUUAACUUUUGGAUAUUUUACACUAAUUCUACUGUUCUGAAACCAUUUUAUUCGGAUUCAGCAUCAAAAACUGAGUAAGAGUAUGUAGAUUCGGAUGUAUUUGAUCACUGUUCUCUUCCUCGGCAAGCUCGACUAGGAGCAGAGUGACACGCGCUUCCUGCAGGCCUAUGUAGUCUUUUGUUUGAAACGUUUUUCCCAAUAUUCACCUAUCAUUCGACUCGCUCAUCGACAGUCAACAAAAAUAUGUGUGGUCUUUAUAAAAUUUUGUUCUCUCACUGAGAAAAGUCGACUUUACUGGGAAAAAUCAGAAUUCUAUACCUAAUUCGCAAUUUUCUCCAUCAGAACUCACCCU